ACUCCGAUGCUACACACUGUAGUGUGUUUAGCUGUAAACGUCAAUACAUCCUGUAGCGUGUCUGUUGGACAGGGUCGUUAGAUGGGAAAGUAGAUACGUACCUAAUUAGAAGGUGUGAAAAUUAUACUUAUUUAAUUAUACUAAUUGCAGUAGCGGGAAGAGUGGCUGAUUGCUGUUUCAGUCAGUUUUCUAACUUAAGUUAACAAGCAAGACUUUUGAUAAUACUAAUAUAAAAAAGGACAAAAAAAAUGCAGAAGAAUGAUCCACCGUUGUUGGUGAUAUUACUAUUAUUAUUAGUAGUAGUAGUAGCAUUACUCUAGUUUAAUUAUUUUGGUAAUCACAGAAGUCUAGAAAGUUAUUAAUUUCUUUUUUAAUCUGAAGUCGAAUUUACUCUUAAAGGUACUCUCAACACCUACACUAUAUAUCUGCAGGAUGUUUGUGUGUAUUUAUAAAAUGGUACGAUACAUGAUCAAUACAAAAUAUAAGUAGGAUACAACAGAGGCAGAUAAUGAAUUUCAUUAGGAUGUAACAUCUUUUAAACAGAACAAAUUAAUUUCUAUAUAAGCAGUUUACAAUGCCACAAACUGACCCAGUGGCAAUCAGGAUUUUUUUUUUUUUUUUUUUUUUUUGUAAACCAGAAACAUUUAAUUUAACAUAGAAAUUAAUUCUGCGGCCAUUACCAUAAAUAUGCUUAAACAAAUAUACUAGUAUUGUGUAUUAUUUUCUCCCUUAAUACUUGAGUGGGCUUGCAUGUUGCCAAGAAAACCUUGGCUUCCUCAUCCGGGAAUUUUGACCCCAGUGCCUGCUAUUGGCCUGAGCUGAAUCUCGUGAUCAAAGAAACUUUGCAGGCUCCGCUUCUCUGUUGGGAGGGGUGGGCUUUUAUAGAGCAGUAAAACGACACAAAGAAGGAAAAUUUAUUUCUUCCCCCUCCCUAAAUUAAUGACCAUGAGCUCGUAUUUGAUGAACUCGAACUACAUCGAUCCUAAAUUUCCUCCGUGCGAAGAAUAUUCACAAAAUGACUACAUCAGUGCUGAAUGUUACAGACGCGCCCGGGACGCCGACUACCAGCAGGAGUUGUUAUAUCCUCAAAGUGUCACCUACCAGGAGGGCAAAUAUGAGUGUGAAAGCAUACCCGAGCACGAGGGCCACUUACACGGGGCAAAAACAUACACACCUCCGACUGCUGUCCCUGCCCAGACAACUGCCCCUGAACUGCCCUCCAACAGCAAAGAGCCAGUGGUGUAUCCCUGGAUGAGGAAAAUCCACUCCAGUGCAGCGAACUCGUAUGGUUCAGAGGCCAAACGCUCCCGCACCGCUUAUACCCGCCAGCAGAUCCUGGAGCUAGAGAAGGAGUUUCAUUACAGCAGAUAUUUAACCAGGAGGAGAAGAAUCGAGAUAGCCAACUCGCUCUGUCUGAAUGAGAGGCAGAUCAAAAUCUGGUUUCAGAACCGCAGAAUGAAAUGGAAGAAAGAUCACAGGUUACCCAACACCAAGGUCCGACCUUCAUCCUCGUCUUCUUCAAACAAUGCACCGCGAGACCAUGACAUCACAAAAAUUUAGAUGAGAGACAUUUCAUGGACAUCAUUACGAAAUAAAACUGUAUUUCUUGAUUAUCUUUUAAAUAUAAUUAAAUGUUAAUUUAUUUGAGCUUAUUUAUUUUUAUUUAAAAAAUGUAUUGAACAUAGAUGACUCGUAAGUAUUUAUUACGUAUUUUUCUUUUAAUUAAUACUUGAACAGGACACAUUCUGUCCGCCAUCCAUUUGCCAGGUUGCACACUAUUACGUGUUUGUACAAUUAAGUUAAAUCAUGAUAUGUUGUUACUAUAAUUUAUUUUUAUUUUUUUCUUAAAUGUAAUUAAUUAAAAGAUUUUAUGUAACAGUUACAAAAAAAUAAUAUCGUAGGCUUUUUUUCGUUUUUGUGACGCGCGCUGUAUAUUAGAUGGUGAUUUUUUAAAGGAAAGUAAUGAAAAGUGGCCUUUUGUGUUAUUUUGUGCUGUACGUGAUUGUGGUCAAUAAAA